ACCUUCUCCAAGUGCCCCGCCCGUCCCCCUGGUGCUGCCUACGAUGCCUUUAUGUUCGUGCGGAUGGCGGUGAAGGGCCUGUGGCACAUCACCCACUCCCACCGAUGCAUGCUGAUGCUUGUUCUCAUCUGCUGCGACGUCUUCUUAUCCAGGACCAUAUUCGAGCCUCCGACACGCCCCUUGCCUCGCAAUCCGCCCCCUCAUUCAGCCAGUCGCACACCUUAUCAACCUCACCUGCCGUCCCGCACUAUUUGGGCGUUUGAGCGGAGACGAGGAUGCGAUGGAGGACUUCAUUCAGGUGGUGAAGGACAACAAGGACCGGAUGAGAAGAGAUGAGAGAGUGUUCACCGAGGGAGGCGUCGACUACGUGUGGAUGGGCGAGGACACACUAGUAUACGGCAUCGGCUGUCUCGUCAAAGAGAUUCUGCUGGGCCUCGAGCCUCUAAAGGAGGUACAGCCGCCGCCGGAUGAAGAAACGGAGACGACGAGACUUGCGAGGGAGGCAAAGGAGGCGGAGGAAGCAGAGGAGACGCAGACUGUUGCAGCGCUGUACGUCAAAGCGGCACUGCAGCUCAAGGAUACAACUGAUCAGGCGAUCGGCAUGCUCACCGCCCCCCCCACACAGGCCAGAUGA